AUGGUCGACUCUACAAAUACACUAUGGAGACUAGACCAUAGUCAUGUAGAAGAGGAUCCAAAUGUGAUAGUAGAUCACAAUGUAAAUAUCAUCAGACAUGAUAAAGCAUGUAAAGUAAUCCUGCUUUAUUUGGCGCUGUUGGGGCCUCAAAUGGAGCGCUGUGCUCAAUUUUGGGCACUGUACUUUGAGAAGGAUGCGGCUGGACUAGAGAAAGUUCAGAAGAGGGAACUAGAAGAUUCCAAGGGUGAACACAAAGUGUUUGUCUACUUACGAAUCUACUUCAGGAUAACUAUCCCAAGAUUUGAAAUGCAAGCUUUCUUUUUUAGAAAAUCCAGGUUUGGAGCCCUGGUGGCUAAGAGUCAGGUUUUGAUAGUGGAGAUUGCAUUUGCUGGUUUGCACCUCUUCUGGUUUCAGUCACAUAAGACUUGCCUUUUCUUGGGUAUAUUUGCCUGUGACUUAACACUUCUUGUUCUGUUGUAUGAGGAUGUGGAGACUGGAGGGGAUGACCGCCGGGUCUUACUUUGGCAUAUGGAAGAAGCCAUCCACUCAAGAGUCAAACCAGUUCAGCUGAAAGGGGAGCAUCACUCUAAUAUCUUCUGCCUAGCUUUCAACAGCGGCAAUACGAAAGUGUUCUCUGGAGGCAAUGAUGAGCAAGUUAUACUCCAUGAUGUUGAAAGCACUGAGACCUUGGAUGUGUUCGCCCAUGAAGAUGCAGUGUAUGGCCUUUCAGUGAGCCCAGUAAAUGACAACAUCUUUGCCAGUUCAUCAGAUGAUGGCCGGGUUCUUAUUUGGGACAUCCGAGAGUCUUCCCAUGGAGAGCCCUUCUGCUUGGCACACUACCCAUCAGCCUUUCACAGUGUGAUGUUUAAUCCAGUAGAACCCAGAUUACUGGCUACUGCCAACUCUAAAGAAGGUGUGGGACUCUGGGAUAUUCGUAAACCUCAGAGUUCGCUGCUCCGCUACGGUGGAAACCUCUCCCUUCAGAGUGCCAUGAGUGUCCGGUUCAACAGCAAUGGAACCCAGCUGCUGGCACUGCGUCGGCGCCUUCCCCCGGUCCUCUAUGACAUCCACUGCCGGCUGCCUGUCUUCCAGUUUGACAACCAAGGGUACUUCAACUCGUGUACUAUGAAGAGCUGCUGUUUUGCAGGUGAUCGUGAUCAG